AUGAGCUGGGAAAAGACUAUCCUCUCACAAGGAAACGGCGUGGACAUGCCCGCCAUCGGUGCCAGCGUCAAGAUCGACUACACCGGUUGGCUCAGAGACCCCCAGUCUGCCGACCACGAAAAGGGGACACAAUUCGAUUCCUCCAAGGGCCGUGGUCCAUUGGCGACUCCGAUCGGUAAAGGUCGGGUUAUCAAGGGCUGGGAUGAGGGUGUCUUGUCCAUGACGCUCGGAGAAGAGGCCAUUUUGACCAUUGAUUCGUAA